GUAGCAAGCAAGAAGUAUCUUUGUUCGGAACACAACGAAGCUCUAAAAGUUUACUGCCACACAGAUAAAAGUCUUAUCUGCGUUUACUGCCAGGUCUAUGGUAGUCAUGUGGGUCAUGAAUGCGAGAUUGUUACCGACGUUGCCAGCACGAUACGCGAGGAACUAGGCAGUGUACCUGAAAAAUUAAGCGAGCACCUUGAACUGAUUGCGAAGUCAAAGGAAAAAGUGAUCGACGCGAAAGAUUCUAUACUGGUCACUCAAGAAUACCUGCAAGACAGGAUCGGAAAACACAUGGCGUUGUUACAUGCGUACAUGACUAUAGGAGAGACAACGCUGAGGGGUGCUGUUGACGAUAAAACGAACCAGAAGAUAGUGUCCUUGGACAAUCAAGAGAGGGUCAUGUCAGGUAUUGAGGACAAGUGUGAGUUAUUGCUUUCUUUGAUCGAGGGGUGUCAAAAGAAUGACACUGCAUUGGUUGACGAGAAGCCCAACAUUUUCAGUCUCGUCUAUGAGAUCUCCGCUUUCAUGGAGAAGUGGGAGCUGGAGCCCGCAGAAACCGACAAUCUCGCAUGUUCUUUUGAGUAUAAUCUAUUUGAUUUGCUUAAAACACAGAUCGGUGGCGUAAAGAUACUAAAGCCAGGCCAAAAAGAAACCUCUAUUUACGGCGUCAACGAGUAUGAGAUGUGCGGGGAACGGAAAACCAAGGAUGCAGAGGUCCAGACAGAAGAUCUGAUGGGAACAGCUGAAUCUGGCUUGGCGGCACUAGUAUGGGACAACAGUCCUUCAGAAGUCAACGAAGAAUGUGGACUUGAUUGCAGCGGUGACAAGAAUGAUAAUGACGAUGAGAAUGAAGUUCGACUUGGGGGAGUGGUGGAAGGCGAAACUUCGUUUCCUGUUGAUCCUAACCUGCAGAUAUCAACCGACUCACAAAGCUCCGGAGAAGUAAUAAGUGAAUUGCUGGAUGAGAUACUUGAAAAAGUGGACAGGCUCGCAGUUACGGAUGGUGUUGAUGAUAAACAAGUGAUCGAGAUUGACGACAAGACAUCAUUGAGUUCAGAUUGGACCCAUACGUUCUUAAACACCGGAAACGAAUGCCCAUAGUAUCGCUGUUUGUCUAGACGUUUCACGUGAAGGGAGCGUAGAACAAUUAGACCACUUGUAUUCUGCUUUCACGGUCUCUCGACCAUGAUGGGAUAGAAAACGCAAAAUUAAUGUUUGAACGGGAAGAGACUGGGAACGACAUCCUGUCUUGCCUUGCGUACCAGUCAUACGUCGGACAUGCGCUACGGAUCAGUGUGAGCCAGCCGCGCGCCAAAAUCCAAGCAAAAUUGUCAAAACUUACAAAAAACAACCUCUGUCAUUCAAAAUAGGCGAAAGAAAUUGAACCGUUCAUAUAAUCUGUAAGACAAAAAUAAAGUAGCGAAAAGGAAAUGAGACUUUUCGAACAGAAAACUUGUUUAA